ACUCAAGUAGGCCCAUCCCAACUGCAUGCUCAGCUAGCUGAGCUCCGAGCCCGCCGUUGGCUUCUUCAAUUUAAAUGCCAGGCCCUCUCGCCGGUGAAUUCAGACCACCAACAUCACGUUCUGCACUCUGGCUGUUCCAUUUCAAGCUUUCUUCACCAUGGCUUUCUUGGGGAGAUUGAUUCUUUCUGCGCUUAUCGGGAUCCUCUGCUUCCAUGGCUUCUGCCUCUCUGAGAUGCCUCCCAAUUAUUCCUUUAUGCAAGAGGCGAUAUCUGCACCUGCAAUCUCCCACUAUGACUACAUAAUCGUGGGUGGAGGGACAGCAGGGUGCCCACUAGCAGCGACCCUUUCUCAGAGGUUCAAGGUGCUACUGAUAGAAAGAGGAGGCUCCCCAUAUGGCAACGCCAACAUAACAAAUCUCGGGUCUUUUGGGGACACCCUCUCCGACCUGUCCCCCGACUCGCCUUCCCAGAGGUUCAUCUCAGAAGAUGGUGUCAUAAACGCCAGAGCCAGAGUCCUGGGAGGCGGCAGCUGCCUGAACGCCGGGUUCUACACCAGGGCCGGCCGGGAAUACGUCGAGCAAGUCGGCUGGGACGGGGCCUUGGUGAACCAAUCUUAUGAGUGGGUAGAGAAGAUUGUGGCCUUCGAGCCCCCCAUGCUUCAAUGGCAGUCUGCUGUAAGAGAUGCCCUUCUGGAAGUUGGGGUGUUGCCUUACAAUGGCUUCACCUUCGAUCACCUGUAUGGCACCAAAGUGGGAGGCACCAUCUUCGACAAGGACGGCCGCCGGCACACCGCUGCCAACUUGCUCGAGUAUGCCAACCCCAGCGGCCUCACCGUUCUGCUGCAUGCUACUGUUUCCCGCAUACUGUUCAGAACUAAAGGGAAGGGAAGGCCCGUAGCUCACGGAGUGGUGUUUAGGGACUCAAAGGGGACCCUGCACCGGGCGUAUCUCAAUGAUGGGACCCAAAAUGAGAUCAUCUUGUCCGCAGGAGCCAUUGGCAGCCCACAGCUGCUAAUGCUCAGUGGCAUCGGUCGAGCACAGAGUCUGAAGUCCCAGGGGAUCGGAGUGGUGGUUGAUCAGCCGCUGGUGGGUCAAGGAAUGGCCGACAACCCCAUGAACGCCAUCUACAUCCCGUCGCCGUUGCCGGUGGAGGUUUCCCUGAUUCAGGUGGUUGGCAUCACUCACUUCGGAAGCUACAUUGAAGCUGCUAGUGGCGCCAAUUUUGCUUACCCUUCUGCCUCCUCGGGCACACCUAGAAGGGACUUUGGCAUGUUCUCUCCUAAGACAGGUCAGUUGGGCAUAGUCCCACCCAAGGAAAGAACGCCAGAAGCCAUAGCCAAGGCCGUGGAAGCCAUGGAGAGCUUGCAGGACUCCGACUUCAGGGGCGGCUUCAUUCUCGAGAAGAUCCUGGGCCCUCUAUCCACAGGACAUCUUGAGCUGAAAGACAGAAACCCUGACAGCAACCCAAGAGUCACUUUCAACUACUUCAAGGAGCCUGAGGAUCUGAAAAGAUGCGUGGAUGGAUUGAACACUAUAACCAGAAUGGUAGAUUCCAAAGCCUUUCAGAAGUUCAGGUAUCCAUACAUCACAGUGGGGCAGAUGAUAAACAUGACCGUCAACUUCCCUGUCAACCUCAUUCCCAAGCAGGCCAACGACUCCUCCUCCAUGGAGCAGUACUGUAAGGACACUGUCAUGACCAUCUGGCACUACCAUGGAGGAUGCCAAGUGGGUAGGGUUGUCGACCAUGACUACAAAGUCCUUGGAGUUGAUGCUCUUAGAGUCAUCGAUGGCUCAACUUUCAAUGCUUCACCUGGUACAAAUCCGCAGGCCACAGUUAUGAUGCUUGGAAGAUACAUGGGGCUGAAGAUUGAGAGAGAAAGGCUUGGUAUGCAUGGGAGCAACUAGAAAUACAUUACCGAGUUUAGUGAAUGUUUCAGUUGAAGAUGCCUUCAAUAAGAAAAAUUGAAGGAAAUGUAUUCUUCUUUUCCAGUUGUAUUUUGUACUGUGAAGGAGUUUUUGAAAAAUAAAAAUAUGAUGCGUUUGUA